CUUUGGCGACCCCUGUGAAAUGGUCGUUUGACCCCAAAAGGGGUCGCGACCCACAGGUUGAGAACCGCUGAUCUAGGUAGUCCUCUUAUCAACUGACCCAUAUAUAGGGAGAGGAUGGUGAUGAAAAAAAGUUUGCAACCAGUUCUUGCAUUUAUGACCUUUACUGGUUGUAAAGCAAAGGAAAGCUGAAUGAAGAUCAUAAGCACAGUGACAGUUUGCUGAUCACUAAGUGAGGACUACCUUUACAUUUAUUAUACACAAACUUGUGCAGUAUAAUGAGCUAGGUUUUCUGCUAUAGCAGGAUGUGCAGUCUUAGUUAUAGAGAUGAUCUGAAAUAUUUUGAUUAAAUGAUAAAAAUUAUUAAUUGCGGUUUCCUGUUGGUGUCUUAUGAUUAUCACUUUGUUGGUUGUUUCUUAUGAUUUAUCAUUUUGUUGCUUGCAUGUACUGAAAGCUUAUGCACCGGAGACAAAUUUCUUGUGUGUCCAAUCACAUAUGGCCAAUAAAGAAUAUUCUAUAAAAAUUAGUCGGUUUGAAUUAUGGUAUGUUUUUAUAUAAAUACAGGGUUGAAGGUUGGUUGCUGAGUGUUUUAUGGUAGAAAUAAAUUAUGUGAGAAUAAAUUCAAUGUUUAACAAUGAUUCAAUAAUGACAGCAUAUAAGGCAAUUCCUCUUGGUUUUUUAAAUAUAUAUUUUUAUAUCUUUGUCAUUCUUGGCUGAAGUUAGAGAUCUGUUGGUUAGAAACAUGAAUAUACCUGUAUAUUCAGAGGAUGCUAAAACCAGCAAUUAUUUCCAAAAAUGUUAGGAUAAGAAAAUGUUAGAGGAAUAUGGAACUGCUAAUUAAUAUAUCAAAGUUUGUGAGAGUUGUGUUUGACAGAAAAAAUGGAAUAAAAUAUAAAGUAUACAUUCAUGGCAAAAACGAGAGCAAAUAAUGGCUACCUGAAUCUUGGUAGAUUGUUCCCUGAAAAUAGAAAAACAGAUGGAGGAAUUUUAAAUACAAAUGCUGAUAAUAACAGUCUGGGUAGUUGGUGGUCUAUUGCAGGAGAUAUUAUAUAUUAAAAAUUUAAAAUGGGUAUAAAAGCAUGCUUCUGUCUAGUUUGUUAUAUGAAAAUAAGAAUUGGUUAUGUCAUGAAAAAUAUAAAAGUAAUUUGAAUGCAGUGUGGAUGUGGUAUUAAAUAUGAAUAUGAUAAAACAAAUAGAGUCAAAAAUUGAUGUAGAAAAGUACCUUGCAGUUGUUUAGUCCUACAGAGAGAAUUAAUGAGAGUUCAAGUAUAAAAUAAGUAUAUGAAUGUAUACUUUCAUAAGUAUAUUCAGCUUUCUCUUUUUAGGGCCCCCCAUGUAGGCUACUCACAUUAAAAGCAUAACAAUUCUAUUUGAAGGACCCUAAGUAUUGAAACUAAUAGUUUUGUGAAAGGUAAACUUAUGCAAACACAUAAACUUGUUUGUCUUAUACAAAAGGUGAAUGUCCUUAAAAUGUCUGGACAUUGUACUAAAUUGUGCCACAACCUUAAUAGUCUGGCCUAGAGUUUCAGAUAAAAACUUUGUGAGUGCAUUUGAAUUAUAGGCAGAAGCUUUCAGAAUUAGAACAUUUGUAUCAACUCUGCAACGAACCUGGCUGAAGCCAUUUUGCUUGUUUUCAGUUGCCACAAGUAUGGGAGGAGAGUUAUGGAAUUUUAUGCUGGUCUAAACAAUUCUCUGUCCCGUGGGAACCAAGGUUAUUUCUGUUCGUUAGACUGGGGGCGGCUGAGCCUUAUGUUAGAAAGCCCGCCAAACUAUUCUAUUGGGAAACGUAGUUGAUUGCAUAGUACUGGAGUAGGAAGUUUAACUUUGUAUAAUGUAACUUUUGGGAGGGAACUUUAGUCUUGGUUUCACUUUUGACCGUGCGGAUACUUUGUAACCAAUAAACACGUUCUUAGAAGAAAACUCAAGCCUCGGAGUUUUGUUUUAGUUGGUUUCAUUUAUUGGAACCAUGACAAUUUGUUAUAUACGUCUUUGCUACACAGAGGAAAAAUUGUGAAAUUAGUUGUGGAUUUAUACAUCAAGUACAAAUGAAUGGGUUUGUCAGGGCUUUGAUGGUUUCUAAUAGAAAUUAGGAUAGGCUGUGUCUUGUAUUGAUUAUUGUAUUUUUAAUAAAUUUAAAUGGUAAAUAAAACCAUUUCUUAACAAAGCACAGAAAUAAAUAAAGCAGAAUGAUAUCAAAGGCCAUCUAAAUUUCAUUUAGCUUUUCAUUAAAAAGCAGCAGUUGGCUUGGGAGAAUAAUAGCAAAUAUAGAAAACAUAAUGUUUUAUAAAACCAAACUAUAUUGAGGAAACAACAUUCAGUUUAUUUCUAUAUGACAUUUACUCUGCUUAUUUUAUUUGUUACUAUUUUAUUCCACAGUACAUAUGCUUUGCUGAGAUCUAAGGUGGUUAUAAAGAAAUACACAUAUGGAAGCAACAGCUAUGAGGGUCAUAAAUAAUUGCAAACAAUUUUCAAUCUGAAAAUUUUGUUUUAAAAAUGAUGUAAUUUUUCUCAAGAAAACCUAUUUGCAAGCAAUGUCAUAUAUUUACACCAUCAUGGUAAUAGUUGUGUCUGAGCUGAAUAUUUGUUUCUGUGAGAAUAUGUCUUUGUCUGAAUCCUCUUGUACAGGCAAAGGGAAUUACCAGGCACAUUUGUUCAAAAUGAAUUUUGAAUUUCUUCUGUAUUCUGUCAUUGUAGUUGUGUCUCUAUCCAACUCCUAGAGCUUACUAUAUAGAAGCAGAUACAUGUAAAAUUAAAGUUCUUUUUAUUGGAUAUUUGGAAGAUAGAAGCAGAAAUAUAAAUGCUUAUGUUCUCCUUUUUAUGACAACUUAUAAUUAAUUAGGACAUCCUUGAUAUUUUCUAUAAAGUAGUCCUUGAUUUACAAUCACAAUUAGAACAGGAAUUUCUAUUGUUGAGUGAAGCAGUUGUUAAGCGAGACAUUCAUGUGACCACUUCACUCAAUGACUGUAAUCCUGGCUUUCCAAACUGCAGUCAUCAAACAAUCACCCAAGUUGUUAAGUGGAGUGCCAUGGGAAAGGGCUCCCACCCCAUCAUGCCCUGGUCCACUUUCCUUUGAUUUUCUCUGCAGCUGUAGGCAUGGCCAGUGAUGUAAAGUGCAGCUUUCCUACAAGGUUGCCACUCCCAGGUCAAGCACACACAAAUACACAAAGGGAUGGUUUGUUCUCUUUACUAAACAAGAUUUGCAAACGCACACUUGAAGUAUAAACACAGAUUCUCCCCUCUGAAAGUUAAGCAGGUUUGGCUUACAAGUGUUCCAAAUCAAAGCUGCACGUAGGAGUAGGAGAGUAGUUGGAUGGAGUCCAAGGAUCAAAGCAUUUGGCAGACUGUCAGCCAGUCCAGAUUCAAAGUGAGAGUUGCAAGAUUUACACUUCAAGGCACACUGAGUAGGGGUUAACGGUUGUUGUUGUCAAUGGAGAGAUUGUGAUUGCUACUCCAUUUUAAUAGAAGCAGUCCCUGUGUAACUCAUUUUAGUGGCUUGACUCCUUCAGUGCAAGUAGUUUUAUGGAGCACCUUUGCCCUACACUUUUUGCAGCCCUUGCAUUAUGAUGGAGUGGUAAUUUCAUGUCCUCAAUUUCAGAGAGUGAUGGCAGCUAUGUCUGCUUUUGCUGUUUUUCCCUACCUGUCGUGCUAGCUUGGAUGGUAAUCUGUCCAGUGGCAAUGGAACUGACUGCUCAUUUGCCAGCACUUCUAAAGCUGGUUCUCGUCUGACUGCUUGUCAUUCGUCCCCUAUUCUGAUUCUGAAUCUGGACCCACCAUGAUACCCAAUCGUUCUGCAGUUACACUUUGUUUAUGAGGGACCAUUUUAAUUCCCAGCAAUUUAAAAUUGCAUAUCAUAAACUGGCAGAAGUGAAGCACAAAGAUCAUGAAUUUGUUUAAUUUGGACCGCUUUCGCUUUGAGAAGAGGACCAACGUUGAAGGACAGAAUGAUCCAUCUUCAGAUUCUCCUGAAGAUCAAAAAGCACCCACAAUUCCUUCUCCUUCAGAAGAUCAGGCUACUAUUGUUGGUGGAGAAGAUGAUGAUGAUCGUACUAAUGAACCAACCUCUCCAGCAUCUGAUGUGUCUGAGGAAACUGAUGACUCCAGUAUUCCAGAAACUCCUGAAGCUAAGAGGACAGUACAAUCAAAGUAUUUUAAAUUUAGGAAAGAUGUUAUUGAAUUGUCAUCUGAAAGUGAAGAUGAAGAAGUAAGAGUGAAAUACAGCAAUACAAAGCAAUCCUUGGUUUCUAGAAGGGAUGUUAUUAUAAUUUCUGAACCUUCUGAUGACGAAAGUGAGAAUGAAUCAUCACAGUCUCUCCAUAAAAAUGGUCCAGCUGAAAUGUCAGAUGACACGGAGGAGGAGGAUCUGAAUUACUGUAAAUUCCAAACACUAAAAGAACUUUUUCCACAAAAAAGUGACCAAGAAUUAUUAAAGCUCAUAGAAUCAACAAAUACAAUGGAUGAAGCUAUAGCUGCUGGUUUAAAAUUGCUUGAUGAAGGAGAAUCCCGAAAGAGGAAGCUUGAUGAAGGUGCGAUGAAUCAUUCUGAAGAUAAGGAUGACCAAAGUGCAAAAAAGAAAAGACUUGAUCCUUUGCAAAAUCCUGAAAACCAGUGGAAAAAGCAUGAUAAUCUAGUAAACAAAUUUCAUAAAGAAUUUCCUAAUUUGGAUAAAGAGGAACUGAGAGAUGUACUUCAGGAACAUAACUGGAUAUAUCAAGAAGCUUUUGAUUCUUUAAAAUCAUUUAUGGAAGAUCAAGAGGAUGCACAACAUCCUUCAAAGAGUGAAGUUUCAAAUGGAAAGAGUGUCUCAGUUAAUAAUGCCACUGACCACCAGAAUGAUACUAAAAUGAGGCUGAAAGAGAAAUCAUCCAAAACUUCUGAGAAUGGCUUCAGGAGAAAGGAAAAAAAGAAAAAAAAUUGGAGUACUAAAAAGGACUCGCAGGAGUUGCAAUAUGAAUCUGCUUCAGAAGCCGGUAGCUCCCUUGAUGAGGACUAUAGCAGUGGUAAUGAAGUAAUGGAAGAUGGUUAUAAAGCUAAGAUUCUUAGUUUUCUUCAAGAUGCUUCUCUUGGUGAACUCACUUUAAUUCCACAAUGUUCUCAGAAAAAGGCUCAAAGAAUAAUAGAGGUCCGUCCCUUUAAUAGUUGGGAAGCCUUGUUCACAAAAAUGAGUAGGACCAAUGGCUUGUCAGAAGAUAUUAUUUGGAAUUGCAAAAUACUACUAAGAGAAAGAGAUGUUGUUUUAAAACUUAUGAACAAAUGUGAAGAGAUCUCAAAUAAACUGACCAAACAAGUAACAAAGAUCACUGGAGAUGGAGGUGGUGGAUGGAACAUUGACCAACCAUCCAUCCUGAAUCCAAGCAUGGAACUUAAGCCAUAUCAGAAGAUUGGUUUACAUUGGCUAGCACUUUUGCAUAAGCAUUCAUUGAAUGGGAUUUUAGCUGAUGAAAUGGGUUUAGGAAAAACCAUUCAAGCAAUUGCUUUUCUGGCAUAUCUUUAUCAACUGGGUGAUGUAGGUCCACAUUUGAUCGUUGUGCCAGCAUCAACAAUAGAUAACUGGAUAAGAGAAAUUAACCUAUGGUGUCCUGAACUCCAGAUUUUAUUUUAUUAUGGGUCUCAAGAAGACAGGAGGCAUUUCAGAAUGGAUAUCCAUAAUAAAGUAACAGAUUUCAAUGUGAUUGUGACAACGUAUAACUGUGCAAUUAGUAGUCCAGAAGAUCGUAAUCUGUUUCGCAAGAUGAAACUUAAUUAUGCAAUUUUUGAUGAAGGCCAUAUGCUAAAAAAUAUGGGUUCUGUACGCUAUCAGCAUCUGAUGACAAUUAAUGCAAAAAAUCGUUUUCUGCUAACUGGGACUCCUGUUCAAAAUAAUCUUUUAGAACUUAUGUCCCUAUUGAAUUUUGUAAUGCCACACAUGUUCAGUAGUAGCACCAGUGAAAUUCGGAGGAUAUUUUCUUCUAAAGCAAAAGCAUCUGAGGAGCAUAGUGUAUAUGAAAAGGAGAGAAUUGCACAUGCAAAGCAGAUAAUAAAACCAUUCAUCUUGAGAAGAGUAAAAGAAGAGGUGCUGCAGCAACUACCUCCCAAAAAAGAAAUUGUUGAGUGGUGUGAAAUGACUGAGAAACAGGAACAACUAUACCAAGAUCUUUUUAGCUGCCUUAAGAAAUCUAUGGAUGGUCAAGAAAAAAAUUCUGAAAUGGGUAAUGUCAUGAUGCAACUCAGAAAAAUGGCUAAUCAUCCUCUCCUACACCGCCAGUAUUAUACCUCUGAAAAACUUAAAGUCAUGUCAAAACUCAUGCUCAAGGAGCCUACACACUGUGAAGCAAACCCCGACCUUAUUUUUGAAGAUAUGUGUGUGAUGACUGAUUAUGAACUGCAUUUGCUUUGCAAACAGUAUGCAAAUAUUCAUGACUUCAAGCUUGAAAUGGAUCUAAUUUUGGAUUCUGGAAAAUUUAGGACACUUAUACGUAUUUUAUCGGAUUUUAAAGAAAAGGGUGACAGAGUUGUCUUGUUUAGCCAAUUUACCAUGAUGCUGGACAUCUUGGAAGUUCUCUUGAAACAUGAGCAACAUCGCUAUCUUAGACUGGAUGGAAAGACACAGAUCUCUGAUAGGAUACAUUUGAUAGAUGAAUUCAAUUCAGAUAUGGAUAUAUUUAUUUUCUUGCUUUCAACUAAAGCUGGGGGACUUGGGAUUAAUUUGACUUCAGCCAACGUGGUCAUUCUCCAUGAUAUUGACUGCAAUCCUUACAAUGACAAACAGGCAGAAGACAGAUGCCACAGAGUUGGACAGACGAGAGAAGUGCAGGUUAUUAGGCUUAUAAGUAAAGGGACCAUAGAAGAAUCCAUGCUCAAAAUCAGUCAGCAGAAGUUAAAAUUAGAGCAAGAUAUGACAGCAACAGAUACAGGAGAAGAAGGAGCCAUUCCAGCAGAUAUAGCAACACUAUUAAAAACAUCAUUAGGUCUCUAAUGCUAACAUAAAGAAAAAUAAUGCAGGUUUUUUUUCUGAGGGAAAAAUGUGGUGCUUCAAUAAUUUUUUGUUAUUAAAUACAUUUGUAUGAACAUUUAUAACUUUUUUAAAAAAUCUUGUUGUAUUGGUCAUGGAAUAGCAUUUUUCUCACUACCAGUACUCAAAUUAAAAUAUACAGAUGCCAUAAAAAUGUAGUGCAUAAAAUGCCAUCUGUACUGUUUUACCAAGGCAGUUUUUAAUAAGGACCCUAGUUUUAACAGAACUGCUAAUGGUUAAAGUGCUUGCAUAUUUUUGUAAUUAUUUCUACCUCUAAAUAUAAAUAUUAUAUAUAUAUAUAUAAAUAUAUAUAUAUAGAAACUUGUCUAUUUCACUGGAUGUGUGUUUUUUUUACAUGUGCCUUAUUUGAAAUGCCCAUAUUUGUUGUCUCUUGGUUUGUUUUCAUUUGAAGUACUGUAAUGUUUUAUAUCAGAUUGUUCACAUAAUAAAAAUAUUAAUCUUAA